CAAUUUCAGAACAGAUUCUAAUUCAAAAAAUUUUGCGCAUUACUUUUUUAUGACAUUACGUGUGAUAUGUGAUGUGACACGGAUGUAAUUAUACAUCUGCGAAUUUUGCGAAGAAAGUACAAAAAAAAGAUGUGUAUAAAGAUAGAAAAGAUAAUAUAACGUUUGAAAUUAAUAAAUAUCUUUAUCUACAUACUAAAAAAAAAAAGAAUCCGGCAUAUGCAACCGGUACACAGUGUAAAUUUGUGCUUUAUCAUGUUGAUAUAAUUACGUGUACAAAUGGCUUUGACAAAAAUUGAAUUUGCGGUACAUAUGACAUGCGAGAAAUGUGUCGAUGCAAUUUCCAAGAGUGUGGCAGAUCUGAAGGGUAUCCGAAAUAUUGAUAUAUCAUUGGAACGUGGCACUAUUAUCGUUGAAACCGAUCUACCUUACUCUAUCAUACAAGAAAGAAUCGAACAAACUGGAAGGCAGACAGUGUUGAAAGGAUAUGGAGAUGGAUUAAGCGCUGUAUCAAUGCUGGGUGGAAACUCAGGAUACAGUGUAGGUGAUCUGAUCAAAGGUGUAAUAAGAUUUGCACAAACUCCAAAGGGAUGUAUCAUAGAUGGUACAGUUGAUGGAUUAACUCCAGGAGAGCAUGGUAUACAUAUACAUGAAUGUGGUGAUAUAUCUAAUGGCUGUGAUAGCGUAGGUGAGCACUUUAAUCCAAAUAAUUCUCCACAUGGUGCUCCCGAAAAUGAUCUGUCUCAGAGGCAUAUUGGUGAUCUUGGUAAUAUCUUAGCAGACACUACAGGCCGAGCUACUUUUCGGAAGAUAGAUAAGUACCUUAAAAUAUCUGACAUCAUUGGUAGAUCGCUCAUUAUUACCAAUGACUCAGAUGAUUUGGGAAGAGGUGACAAUCCAGAAUCCAAAAUAAAUGGAAACAGUGGAAUUAGGCUGGCUUGUGGUAUUAUAGCCAGAUCUUCUGGAUUAUUACAAAAUACGAAAAAAAUUUGUGCAUGUGAUGGUCUUACAAUAUGGGAUGAAAGAGAUCGAGCGCUUGCAAAUAACCAUGAUGAUUAUCUUGAAAAUUAUGCUCUACACGAUACUUAUUUAGUGAUUGACGGCAAUAGUAUAGGAUGUCAAUUGUAUAAUUGGUAUGCAAGAUGCAACUGCGCCUUUGGCGGCGAUUACGACAAGUAUGCACAGUGUGUAGCAAAUUUUUUUGAUGAACUCUUUAUGUGCAAUGUCACUCCAUUGGUCUUAAUCGAUGGCGGUUGCGAAGAUAAGAAACUGAAGACGAUCAUAUCCAGAACUAAUGAGAAGAUUGGAAUAGCAUCGCAUUACACACCACAAUCUCAACAAAGAACCAAAUUCUUUCCUCUACUUAUAAAAGAAGUUUUUAAAGAUGUCAUGAAAGAGAAAGGCGUCAAGUAUACGCAAUGUAUAUUUGAAGCGGAUAAUGUUAUAGCUGCAAUAGCGCGUAUUCUCAACUGUCCUGUAUUAAGUUACGACUCCGAUUUCUAUAUUUAUGGAUCAUUGUAUAUACCAUUCAGUACAUGGGAAAAUAAUGUUCCUAAUCCAGUAGGUCGAGGUUAUAUGAAACGUUGCAAGAUUUAUUGUGCAGAAAAACUUUUCCGAGUUUACAAUGGAUUAAAUCAAUCUUUGUUGCCUCUGGCAGCAAUAUUAUUGGGGAAUGACUAUGUGAAACAACAUACGUUUAAAAACUUUUUUCGUCAUUUGAAAUUACCACGAGCAGGAAAAAAGAAGUACAAUGAGCAACAACGACGUAUAGAUGCUACAUUUAAUUGGUUACGAAGACACAGCUUAAAUCAAGCUGUAAUAGGAAUAUUGAGUAGAUUACGAAAACGGGAACGCAGACAUGUAUUAAAUAUAAUAGAAACUAUAAUAAAUGGUUACAUCAGUGCUUCACUGAGCGUGUUACAUAUACUAGAUGUUCCUACAGAGAAUUUUUCAAGAGCAAAUAUACAAGAUGCAUUCAAAACGUACAAAUUUGAAGGUGACAUAUACAAUCUGACAUACAUUGAGGAAAAGCUAAAUGAAGCAAAUCUAAGUGACGACGACAACGAAACAGACGAAAAAGAAAUAACAACCAUACUUGAAGAGAAAGAGGUGAUUUCUAAUGAAUUGCUGGUCAACAAUUUGCCUCAAUGGUUUAUUAAUGAAUUCAAACUGGGCAAAUAUCCUUCUUAUUUCAUAGAUAUAAUAGUACGGAAAUUAUAUGUUUGCCCCACACAAGUAGAAGACUUUUUUUGUGUCUCGUCUGUCGUUGCAAGUUUAAAAAUUAUAGGUGUUAUUUAUGGAUUAUUGAUAUCAAGUAUUGACGAAAGAAAGACCUGCAUGGAAUAUAUGACCAGAGAUGAGAAUAAGAAAAUUAAGCGUUAUCAGUUAGAAUACAAUGAUAAUAUAUUAGGUUGUAAAUUACCAUCUUUGUUUAACUUGAGAGAAUUACCUAUUAUUAUUAGAAGAGAAAUUUUAAAUACCACUUUGGGAAUUGCUGAUGAAAAUUAUAUACAGGAAAUUCCAUCAUAUUGGAUGUUAUAUAUCGCGACCAUGAAGUAUUGGAUAGAUCAACAACAAGAAUCAUUUAAAUUUACUUGUCAUAUAUAUUCCUUAUUAUUCGCUAUGUUAUUUAACAUAAUAGAUCACAAAGUAGGCCCGUAUAGAAAUUUAAACAAAUUUUAUCAUAGAUUCAGUAAAACUGUGGAAAAUAUUAAAUAUGCGAGAAAAAUGAGAAACUAUCGGCCACAAUAUUCAAUCGAUACUACACUAGUAAAUGCAUUUCAUGAAGUUAAUGCAGAUGACUGCUUGAUUGCAGCUUCAUUUUUUAUAUCUAAUUUCGAAGUUGAUCAAAAAUUAUAUUUACAACCAAAACGGUUCAAUAUUACAGUUGUUCAUGGUUUUGCAGAAUUUCAGAAUUGUUUAAGGCACAGUAUGAACUUAAAUGCAUUAUUGGAAUAUCCAUAUGAACAAACCAAGGUUGCUAAUGUGUUUAAUGGUACAUUGCUAUAUAAUUUAUGUAGCAAUUUUAAAAGGCGCGACGAUGUUGAAGUUUAUAUUAAUUCGAUUUUGCAAAGUUCUCCGAGUUUAUCGCAUCUAUUUAAUAUACUUUUAUUAAAAGUCAAACCUCUAUUUAAUACAGCAUUGGAAAAGAAAUCUAGUAAAUAUAAAAAGCAAAAGACAAAAAGAUAUGAAAAAAAAGAAUCUACUACACAGGAAGAUCAUGAAAAAGAAACAAUAAAGACAUGUGAAAGUACCAGCGAAGAAACUUUUUAUGAUGUAAAUAACUCUUUUUCCGUUCUUGGUGCUACACAAUGUUAGACUUUCUAUUGUAUAUAAUCAAGUUGCAUCUGUAUGUAUCAGAAUUAUGUAUAUCUAUAUUUUAUGUACUAUAUUUUAUAAAUAAACAAAAUUAAUUUAUAUAUAA